AUGGUCACAAAGAUACAGCCAACAAUCAAGCUUGCUAGAGAUGCUGCAGAAAUGAGGGAGAACAAGAUCAAACAGCUCCCAGAUCCGCAACCAGAAACUUCGAUAUUCGCAAAUGGCUGCUUUUGGGGCACGGAGGAGCUUUUUAGGAAAUAUUUCAAGGAUUCCAUAAUAAGCGCAGAGGUUGGAUUUAUUGGCGGUGACGAUGCAGGCGUUGGCAACGAUCCUUCUUACAGACUUGUUUGUACGGGUACAACUGGACACGCAGAAGCCUUGUCGUUGACUUGGGACAAGCGCAAUGCGAGCUACGAGGAGCUCCUCGAUUUCUUCUUCCGCACUCACGAUCCAACUCAAGUUGAUCGCCAAGGCGCUGACGUCGGUACACAGUAUCGCACGGCACUCUUCCCAACUUCCGAGGAGCAGAAGAAUGUCGCUGAUUCAGUUAGAGAGCAAGUCCAGCAAGCUCACUUUACACCAAAUGGCUCCACAAUCGCCACGCAAAUCAACCCAGUAAACAAAUUCAAGUGGUGGAAGGCAGAGGAUUAUCACCAGAAGUACCUGAUCAACAAUCCAAAUGGCUACCAAUGCUUCACGCACAGAUUACAUUACUAA